AGUUCCUAGGCUUUGUGGACAGGGAUAUGUCCUAUACACGCCUCUGCAAAGCACACGGGCUGUCUGUCCUUCUAUCAUAAUAACCAGGUGACGGUAUAUCUUUGCUACAACAGACACCACGCAAGCCAACUGAAGGUAAACAAAGUUUAGUAGCUGGAAUGACCCUGUAAUUUAAACGGGUUGUUACAUGGGGGUAGCCAGAGAGAUGGUUGUGGUCUAAAAGACUUCUCCUACACCAUGGGUGCAACCCUGCUCUUACACAAGGUCUGUAUCGCCUCUCAGACGAGCUGGUACCUAAACCUGCGGUAUCACGGGAGGGAUCCCAGCCGGUCGGUCAGAGGCAUGAUGAUACAGCACUCCACAAAACAGAUAAGCAAAAUACUCGUGUGAGGUUUGGAACAGUCGUUUCUCCCAGAUAAGGGGCUUGAAGCAAGGCAGGAUCCGAGCUUCGGGAUUCAAUCCAGUUAAACGUUUACGUACAGGCAACCAAUUCAAACCAACGUGCUCCUGCUCCCCCCUCCCUGUCCAGGGCUUCCCUGCAGCUCCGCGCAACCGCACCGCUGCCGCUUUAAGAGGACGGUUGGCGCCCGGCCGGACAGACGCCGGACAGACUGACGGACAUACACAUCCGGUUCAGAGGCGGCCCCGGCAGCAGCGAGGGUUGCAGACCGAGCAGGGUGUGCACGUCGCCUGACACCGGUCGCCUCCGGGGAUGGUGCUCAUUCCCUCUCUCCAGCGAUGCGUUCAGCUCCUCCUCUUGCCCCUCCAUGUUCUCGCAUGCCUGGGCUUCUGGGACUCCUUCUAUAAGAAAGUCUUCCCAUAUGUCAUGGCGAAGGUGGCACCCAUCUACAACCACAAGGUCUACAAGCAGAAACAAGAGCUGUUCAGCAACUUAAGAAAAUUUGCCGGCCCUUCGGGCCAGCUCAUGUUGCUGGAAAUUGGCACGGGCACUGGCACUAAUUUCCAGUUCUACCCACCGGGCUGUCGGCUGACGUGCACCGACCCUAAUCCCAAUUUCAGAAAGUUCCUCCUCAAGAGCCUCUCGGAGAACCAGCACCUUAAGCUUGAACGUUUGGUGGUUGCUUCUGGCGAGGAUCUGCAUCAAAUUCCAGACGGCACCAUGGACGUGGUGGUGUGCACCUUAGUGCUGUGCUCUGUGACCAACAUCAAGAAAGUCCUGAUGGAGGUUUUGCGAGUGCUCAGGCUGGGUGGAGCUUUCUACUUCUUGGAGCAUGUGGCUGCAGAUCAUUCCAGUUGGACCUACUUUUGGCAAAAGGUCUGCGACCCAGCCUGGAAGUAUUUUGGAGAUGGGUGUUCCUUGAGCAGAGAGACAGAGAAGGAGCUGGAGAAAACUAAUUUCUCAGAACUGAAUUUGAGGCGCAUUCAUGUCACGCCUUACUGGAUUCCUAGUAGUCCUCAUAUCAUUGGGUAUGCAGUAAAAUAAAUGACCAUAAGCACUGCGGGACACA